UGUGUGUCAGUCAGCGACUCUCCUCCUUAAAGCUCUGCGGUAAGAAAUCACCCCUUUUUAUUGUGGAGCUCUCUGUUGAAAAUGCAUUCUUAAUUUGGACUUUUAAUGCAUAAAUAAAUUUGUGGAUUAGUGGCUGUCGAUUCCAGCAGGACAGUCCAGGACAAAAACAAGUAGGCCUUGUUUAAAGUUGUGGGUCAGGAUGAUGAUGAGGGUGUGAAGCUGGUUGCAGAAAAGUGACAUCUGGUGGCGUUCAUACAUGAUAUGUUAUGUUUUUAUUCCUGUUAUUUCUUGAUGUUCAUGUGAAGCACUUUGGGUACCUUUUGGUUAUUGUAAAGGGCUAUACAAAUACAUUUUGAUUGAUGGAUUGAUUGAUACUGGGAGGCAUCUUCCUCUAAGUUGAAACUAUAGUUGUAUGAAUGUUAAAGUAGAGUUAAGAAAAGUGGGCUAUGGUUUGCAUUUAAAUAAGUUUCUGCACAGCUAUUUAAACAACUAGAAAUUACAGCCUAUAUGUUGUGGAGUUUAUGUCAGUAGAGCAGAAAAUGAAGCCUUCCACCAGAGGCGCUGCUGCUCCUCCUCCAUCAUCAUCAUCAUCAGCAGCAGCAGCAGCAGACAAUAGGGAGGCAUCAGGGAGGAAGAGGAGGAGGAGGAGGCAGCAGCACCGGGUUUCCUCACCGGCUACAGCCCAGGAGGAAGCUCCGAGACACCCAGACAGGUCCAUCUCUCCUCUUCCACCUGCAGCAGGAAGGAGCAGAACCAGGGAGAGUUUGAGGUCUGCAGACGGAAGAGAGAGGGGUGGAGGAAGAGGAGGAGGAAGAGGAGCAGCAGCUGUUCACCCGGAUGGUGCUGAAGCUGAUGUAGUCAGACCAAACAGGGCGGAUGCUGUCGGUGAAGAUCCGACAGAUUCAUCAGCAUCUCCUCGUCGCUCUGCUUUACGCCUGCCCUGCCUUCAAGCAGGCGACUCACAGCAGCGGCUGUUGCCCGGCAGAGGAGCAUCCUCCGCGGCAGAGAACGAGAAGCAACCCGGUGAAGAGGAGGAAGGAGGCCGUGAGGAGAGGAGCGGCUGCGGUGUGGGCCUCGGUUUGGGUUUGUGGAGAGGAGGAUGCUUACAGGCUGAACUCAUCCACUUCCAUCUGCACAAGAGGCUGAGAAGGAUGCAAACCAGGACGGAGAACAUGGGAGCAGCAGAGGAGGAGGAGGAGGAGGCCGCUCAAGGAGAGCUGCAGCCGGCUGCAGACGCGACAGAGGCGGGGUCCGUGACACAGCAGCAGGACCAGGCCUUUGAGGACGAGAUGGAGAGACUGCUGGACGAAAAUGAAGAUCUUAAGUGUGAAAUAGAGGAGAUGAGGACCGAGAUGGACGAGAUGCGGGACACAUUCUACGAAGAAGACACGUGUCAGCUGCAGGAGAUGAGGCGUGAGCUGGAGAGGGCCAAUAAAAACUGCCGGAUCCUGCAGUACCGUCUGAGGAAGGCUGAGAGGAAGAGGCUGCGCUACGCCCAGACGGGAGAGAUCGAUGAGGAGCUGCUCAGGAGUCUGGAGCAGGACCUGAAGGUGGCGAAGGAUGUGUCUGUGAGGCUGCACCACGAGCUGGAAAAGGUGGAGGAGAAGCGCACAAAGACGGAGGAGGAGAAUGAAAAACUGAGACAGAAGCUCAUAGAGGUGGAAGUGACCAAACAAGCCCUGCAGAAUGAACUAGACAAAACCAAAGAGUCUCAAAAGAGAAGAGGAAGCAAGGACAUCCAGAAGACAGACAAGAAAUCAGCACAGACUCCUACAGAGGAGGACAAUGAGGACCUAAAGUGCCAGCUCGCUUUCAUCAAAGAGGAAGCAGUGCUCAUGAGAAAGAAGACGGCAAGUAUUGACAAAGAGAAGGACCGUUUGGAGCAAGAGCUGCAGAAGUACCGCUCCUUCUAUGGCGAACUGGACAGCACCCAUCCUAAAGGAGAGGCCGGGGGUCCACCCACCACCCGCGAGUCAGAGCUGAAGCUUCGGCUCCGCCUGGUGGAGGAGGAGGCCAACAUCCUGGGAAGGAAAAUAGUAGAGUUGGAGGUAGAGAACCGUGGCCUGAGGGCCGAGCUCGACGACCUCCGUGGCGAAGGAGAGGGCGCCGGAGGCUCUGGGAUGGGCGGGUCGGGCUCGGGGCGAGGCCUCGGCGAUGACCUGACGGAGCUCCGACAGCAGCUGCAGCUGGUGGAGGACGAGGCAGAGCUGCUGAGGAGGAACCUAGCCGAUGUCGAAGAUCAAAACAAGAAAGUGACCACCGAGCUGAACAAGAUGCGGUUCAAAGCCGGCACCCACGAGGGAGGCGGCAGGCAUGGAGGAGGAGGGAUUGAUGCAGCAAAGGCAGAAGCCCUUCAGGAGGAGUUAAAGGCAGCAAGGCUACAGAUUAACGACCUAAGUGGCAAGGUGAUGCAGCUGCAGUACGAGAACCGUGUGCUCCUCUCCAACAUGCAGCGCUAUGACCUGGCCUCCCACCUCUCCCUGCGGCCAAGCCCACGGGACAGCGACGCAGAAAGCGACGCCGGUGGUGCGACGAGCGGGCGCCGUGAGAGCGACGAGGACUCCAACUCCUCGCGCCUCCUCCCACCACACCGCAAACGCGAGGGCCCUGUAGGUGGGGAGAGUGACUCAGAUGAGGUCAGAAACAACAACGGAAGCAGCCGCUGCCUGACGCCCACGCGGGGCCUCUACACCCCCACUGGGCCCGAGGGCGCCGCCUCCUCCGCCUUGGCUCGCUUCCUGCCCGUUGGCCGGUGCAGCCUGCGCGACAGGCAGCACAUGACUGACAUCCGUUUGGAGGCGGAAAGGCUUGUUCGGACCAUCGACCGGCUCAUCGCUGACACGGCCACUAUCAUCUCAGAGGCGAGGGUCUACGUUUCAAAUGGCGACCUGAUGUACGGGAGGGGAGGAGAGGAGGGUGGAGAGGAAGAUGGUGGCCGGAUCAGGGAACAUGAGCUGCUGUAUCGCAUUAACGCCCAGAUGAAGGCCUUCCGGAAAGAACUGCAGACCUUCAUAGACCGACUGGAAGUGCCGAGGAUCGAGGACAGGGAUGCGGAGGAGCCACUGUCGAUGUUCCAGCCCAUCAUUUUGCUCAUCCUCAUACUCGUGUUAUUCUCAUCCCUCUCCUACGCCACCAUCUUUAAACUAGUCUUUCUUUUUACUCUUUUCUUUGUUCUGUGAUGUACGCCUCCCUUUAAUUCACAUCAUCCCUUGUUUUGUUUUUUGCUCUGUUGUUUUUCUUUCCUCCCCGCAUCAUUUGUUGCCAAGGUAACCAAAAGCACAGGAAAAGCUCAGCACUCGCCAAGGCUGCAGUCACAUUCAAGAGAGUGUGGCUAGAUUCAACACUGGAGUC